AUGUCAUCCCUGCUCAACGCUCAGAAUUCUUUGGUGGCUCUCUUAGUUCAAUUUGUUGAAACUGUCAAUAACACUGAGCCUAACACCUGGUCUCGAGGGAUGUUAGAAAGCUGCCUAGAACUACUUCGGAGCUAUUGGAACAAACUACAAGAGAAUCAUUUGGACCUCGUGGGCAAGGAACGGCUGGCAGGAACCCGUUAUUUUACAGAAAAUAUUUGCGAGCACACAGAAGGAGCUGUGUUGCAAGCUUUUAGUUAUCUUUAUGACGAGCGUAGCCGUCUGGAUUCAGCUGAGCAAGCUGCCGCUCGCCCUGCACCUACGCUUCACCAUUUACCUCGAAUCAAUCUACCAAGUUUCAAUGGAGCACAGAAAGACUGGAAGUCAUUCCGUGAUCUUUAUCAAGCUCUUAUCCACACAAACAAAACGUUAACUGAUGUCCAAAAAUUAUGUCACUUGAAAGCCGCUUUGCAAGGAGAAGCUAAAGGAGCGUUGGAUGGCGUUCAAGUCACAGAUGCCAACUACUUAACAGCUUGGCGCCUCUUGCUGAAGCGUUAUGACAACAAACGAAUUUUAGUCCAGGAGAGUCUGUCGACGCUUGUCUCAAUCAGUGAGUUGAGGAAAGAGUGUGCCGCAGAUUUACAAUCCCUCUUGGACACACUGAACCGAAAGAGAGAGUCUCUAAAGGCUCUCGGACGACCGGUUGAGCACUGGGAUGACUAG